UUUUUUCUUCUUUAUGUUAGAUACAUGAAGCCACUUAAUUCUGUCCUAUAAAGGAGUUUUUAAACCUUUCUGUGCAGGCUCCCUUACUUAAAGACACAUUACUGAAUACUGAAUUCUUCACAUUUACUUGCGCAGUGAUUUGAAUCUCAACCUGAAACCGUAAUCUGAAAUCCUAAAGCAUUUAAAAUACGUAUUUAUCCAAAACUCGUAUAACAGCAAUAAUAUAUAGAUAACAAUGCAUAAUUGAGUUUAUAUCUUAUUUUAGCCUAUUAAUUCCAAGCAGUGUGUGCUUUAAGGCAAGUUGCUCCAGACUAGGUUGUAGCAAAGCUUCCAUCGAUUUCAGCAGAGCCAGAUUUUCACCUCUAAGGAAAUCUGAAGAACCCCAGUUCAGUGAACCUGCACUUAAUGGCCCUGAAUCUUUGAUGGAGAGUUGCCUAUUCUCACUGUCAAAUUUUGGUUAAUGUUUUAUGAACUCACUCUUCUUUUUCUCUCCCGCAGCCAACUCAAGAUGACGACACCCGCACCACUGGUCAAUAACACCCAGCUCUCGGUAAACGUGACCACGAAGUCUCAAGAACAAAGUCUCUAUCAAAGCUCUGGAGCCAUAGUUGCUGCCAUCGUAGUAGGAGUGAUUAUUAUUUUUACAGCAGUUCUGCUCAUACUGAAAACAUACAACAGACGCAUGAGAGUGAAACGGGAGCUGGAGCCCAAACCCACCAAAGCAGCAAUGCCGCCUGCGUUAGGGCAGCCCAGCCACAGCCUGCCUCAGCAUCCCACGGUGACCUUCAUACCUGUGGAUAUCCACAUGCAGAACAGGUAACUGGGAAUAGUCAUCCUCCCUGCGAGAGCAGAGGAAUGGAAUUCUCAUUCACGUGGAUCUGGGACUCCUCAGCAAAGUGAAUCUGCAUUUGGAACAGCAAUGAGUUGUUACUCUGUCUACAGACUGUAAUUAAUCCCACUUCCUGUCUUUGGGAGGAGAAAGAAAGGGUCUGGAUGCUUUCCCUGUGACUGAAAUCAACUGGCGGAGGCAUGUGAAUCGUCAGCAAUGCAGCGAGGUGCCUUACAGAGCUCUGGGCAUGAGGGACCAAACAUACCGAGCCCGUCUGCAGGAGGAGAAGAUGCUCACUCGUCUUCUGUGGAGCUUUAUCUGUUCUACAAUAACUGACGAUAAAUGGGAAGAAAACUUUGGACAUGAACCUGGGUUAGUUGAUUUAUGUGAAGUGGGUUUGUAGCCUCAGUUAUACAUGAUGGAUGGUACAGGAAGUAUCAAACCUGUAUUUAUCUUUACCCAUCUUCUGUGUUUCUAAUGCCAUGUAUGUAUGGUUUUGCAGAAAAAAGGGACAUUUUAUUUUCAAGUAUUUAAAACCAUUUCUCUACUGUUGGUAACCUCUCCCUUUCCAAAUGGACUUGGUGUCUUGGGGUUUUCACUCUCACACCAGGAACUGCUUUAGGUUCACUAUCAAAUGUUUUGUUGUACACAAACCCUGGGAAGUUCUUUAACUGAAGAAGUGAACACAGAAAGGCAGCGAAAGCACCAAGGCUUCAUCUGCACAACUUGCAUCCUGAGGCGCUUCGUUCCCCAACACAGACCAGGCUUGAACUAUUUUUAGGAAUUUUUUUCUUCUAGAAAAUAACUGACAGUGAUGUUGUUUUGCAAGUGUGAUGGCUGUGGGUAUGCAGUAAUGCAACAAAGACAUUCCCAAGGACCUUCACAGCCCACAGAGUGCCAACACACAGCGGCAUUGUCAGACGUGCAGUGGCGAUGGUCCCAAGCAGCCCUGAAAUGCUGACAGGACCAGCAGGGACGACUGGGAAGAGGCUGACGUGGGGCGUUUUACCUCCUUUUUGGGAGCUGUACAGAAAGGAGUGACCAUUUUCUAACAGAAUGGAUCCCCAAGAGCUUCCAACAUGAGGCUGACCUUGAACAGGUCAUUUUUACUAACUGGUGUUUUUGUGCAGAAACUGAAUUCGAUUACUUUGCAUUUUGGUUUUGGUAUGAAACUGGAGCACAGUUUGAAUUCCAAACUAAAUAUUAAGACAGCUGUUUGUUGUAAAUA